CGAUUCGGUAACGAAGCGGGCCACCUGUGAAAAGUAACAUGGAUCCCCAUCUCCAGACCCUGAGCUAUACGAAUAUCUCAUUAUGCUUUUUGGUGCGAAGGAGUGUGGUCGCCUCUUGUUUACCUUUUUUGCGUGUUCACAAUGUCGUCAAAUAGGAAACGUGUGAUUAUAAUUAAAGAAAAAUUGAAGAAAUUAGAGGAAAUGCUACAGGACGUCUCUACAAGUGGGAGUGACCAGGAUAUAGAACCCCGUAGAAAGAGAAUUCGCCGCAUAAGUGUUUCCUCAUCAGAUUCGGUUCACAGCGAUGUUAAUCAGGGUAAUAUCGUAGAGGUCGAUGUUCACAGAGAAGCAGAACUUUCUCCAAUACCCUCUGAUAAAAUAGAUAGUAUAAAUAAAAUACUGGGAACUGAUCCAUCCAUGCCUAAGGUUAUGGGCAAGCCAGUGAGUGAUCAGGUGGCCUCUAGGCUAAAUUAUUACGCAACCAAUGGGAUGUCUAGCGAUGAAAAAGAAAAAAUAAGACUCGAGUGGCCAACACCUGAAAACUGCCUCUCUUUCAACUCACCUACCUUAAAUCCAGAGAUUUUAGCACUUCUUUCGCCUACCGAUCAGAAAAAAGAUUCCUUUAUGUGUCAUAUUCAAAAUGAAUAGCUGGAAGCUUAAGUGCUUUAUCAUCAGUGAUAAGCAAACUGUUAGAUAUAGCAGACUUCCCUAAUGUUGUAAAAGAAAUAAUAUCUGAUCAAAUGACAGCAGGAAAACUUCAGUGCAACGCCCAUUUUCAGUUAUCAAUGCAUCGCAGACAUCAAGUCUAUCCUCUUUUAAAAUCUGACAUGCAAAAACUAGCCAAAGAAUCUAAAAUGGAUAAUUUUCUCUUUGGAAAAACAUUCAUGGAGAAAUGUAAAAUUAAUCAAACUAUAAAUAAAUCUGCAGUAGAGCUGCAGGUGAGUAAAGUUCCUGCAAGCAGCCAAAUCUUUAAUAGGAGCCAUUUAAACUGGCAGCGCCCCAAAACGUCUGUACGUUUUCGGAAAAGUCAGUUUGUACUAAACAAGAGAAAGGAGCCUCGAAUACAAGAGAGAAACAGAAAUCAAUGGAGAUCAUCGAGAGGGAACCUAGCCAGAUACAAUUACCGAAACCGACAAAUUCAGUAGAGGUGGCCCGCUUCGUUACCGAAUCGCAUUCUACAAUAUGUGUUCUAGUGGACCGGACUGAAGAAUAAUUCCGAUUGAACUUCCUUACUAGGUAAGUCGUU